GGAGUAUAUUCGCAGUUGACAAAUACGUCCAUACAGACAAACAGACAAAAACUCAAACAUGAAGUCAGUUAUUCUGUUGGCACUCUUUGGCGCCGUAAUGGCCAUCGGUAAAGGCGGUUAUCGAUAUGGUGGCGGUUCCGGUGGUGGCUUCGGCGGUGGAUACGGAGGUGGAUACGGAGGCGGCGCUGGCGGUGGAACCGGUGGAGGAGUUGUUAUCGUUUCUGGCAGCGGAAGUGGCGCCGGUAUUGGUGGAGGAUACGGAGGCGGCUACGGUGGCGGAUAUGGUGGCGGAUACGGAGGCGGUAUGGGAGGUGGAAAAUACGGCGGCGGUAUUGGGGGCGGAGUUGGCGGUGGAUAUGGUGCCGGUUACGGAGGUGGAUACGGAGGCGGUAUGGGUGGUGGCACCGGAGGUGGAAUUGUCAUCGUAUCUGGUGGCGGAAGUGGCGGUGGUAUGGGAGGCGGAGUAGGAGGCGGAGUUGGGGGCGGAGUAAGAGGCGGAAUUGGUGGAGGCUACGGCGGCGGCUAUGGUGGUGGUUAUGGCGGAGGUAUGGGUGGUAAAUACGGAGGCGCAAUAGGAGGUGGAUACGGUGGUGGAUACGGAGGUGGUAUGGGAGGCGGUAUUGGCGGCGGUGUCGGAGGCGGUAUCGGCGGCGGUACCGGAGGCGGUAUCGGCGGCGGUAUAGGAGGCGGAAUUGGUGGAGGCUACGGCGGCGGCUAUGGUGGCGGUUAUGGCGGAGGUAUGGGUGGUAAAUACGGAGGCGGAAUAGGUGGUGGAUACGGUGGUGGAUACGGAGGUGGUAUGGGAGGCGGUAUCGGCGGCGGUGUCGGAGGCGGUAUCGGAGGCGGUAUCGGCGGCGGUAUAGGAGGAGGAUAUGGCGGCGGAUACGGUGGAGGUUACGGAGGCGGUAUGGGAGGAGGUAUGGGCGGAGCAAGUGGAGGUGGUAUUAUCAAAAUUAUCACUGGUGGUGGCAUGGGAGGCGGAUACGGAGGUGGCAUAGGAGGCGGUGUUGGAGGUGGUGUUGGUGGCGGUGUUGGAGGUGGUAUAGGCGGUGGUGUUGGAGGUGGUGUAGGCGGCGGUGUUGGAGGUGGUGUAGGUGGCGGUGUUGGAGGUGGUAUUGGUGGCGGCUACGGUGGCGGAUAUGGCGGCGGAAUGGGAGGUGGUGUUGCCCUUACAAAAUCAUACUGAAACGCUAUAAGACCGUCCACGGAAGAAAUGUAAAAUUUGACAAUGUUUGAUAGAUGUGCUACGACAUCUCACUAUCCCGUCGGAAUGCCGACAGGACCGUUUUACAGAAGAGAUUUAUAUUCUAUGUACGAUUAGUUGUUAGUUUGUUUUUAUACAACUCUUGUUUAAUGUUUAUUUUUCGUUGAUUAUGUAUGGAAACCCUUGCUUCUAUCUAAUAAAGUAUUAAUAAAAACAAA